AUGGGAGAGAUGAAUUUCUUUUUGGGUUUGCAAGUUGAACAGAAAAAGGAUGGAUUCUUCAUUCAUCAGACGAAGUAUGCACAAGAUAUUUUGAAACGAUUUGGAAUGGAAGAUACUUCACCAAUGGAUACUCCCAUACAAAAGAACCAUCAACUUGGGAUGUUAUCUCUUAAUGAUCCAGAAGUUGAUCCUACUCGUUAUAGGGCCAUGAUAGGUUCUUUCAUGUAUCUUACGGCAUCAAGACCAGACAUCAUGUUUGUAGUUUGUUUGUGUGCGCGUUAUCAGUUCUGUCCCGGGGAAAGUCACAUGAAAGCUGUUAAGCAAAUUCUUCGUUACCUCAAAGGGCAACCAGUGCUGGGUCUUUGGUAUUCGAUUGGGGGAGACUUUGAGUUAGUGGCUUAUACAUAUGUUGACUAUGGAGGCUGCAACUUUGAUAGGAAAUCGAAUUCAGGUGGAUGUCAGUUCUUAGGGGGGAGAUUGGUUUCUUGGCAAUGUAAGAAACAGACUCCUGUUGUGAUCUCGUCUUGCGAGGCAGAAUACAUGGUAGCUCGUGGAUGUUGUUCACAGGUUCUAUGGAUUCAGCGACAAUUGCGUGAUUACGGUCAGAAUUUCCUUUGUACUCCCAUAAAGAUAGAUAAUGAAUCCACCAUAUCCAUUACCAAUAAUCAUGUUAAGCACAGUAGGAAGCACAUAGACAUAAGUUUCAUGUUAUACGUGAUUGUGCUGAAAAAAAUUAAUAGUCCUAGAAAAGGUGCCGAGUGA